AUGGCAGGAGUUAGUAGAUUAAUGCUUCACAACUCUAAGCCUUCUCACCAUUUUUAUUUUCCUUCAUCUUCUUCUUACCUUAACUUGGGUAGUUCUUCCUUCUCAACAUUGCCGAGAUGUUUUUCAACUAAUAAUAAUCACUGUCAGAGGAAGUCAUCUGUAGUUGCUGCAUUGAAAGCAUCAGUGACUUCUGAAAGCAUGAUUUCUGCAAAAAUUACAGAAACAGAUCUAAUUAGGAUCUUAAGGCCGGAUUUGAAAAGGAAAUCAUGGAGACUUAAGGUUGAGAUGCUCUUGGAGAGGGUAUUCAUUGAUUGCAGGUUUUUCACAUUGUUUGCAGUUUCUGGAUCAUUGUUGGGCUCAAUCUUGUGUUUCUUUGAGGGUUGCUUCCUAAUUCUAGAAUCAUAUUUCAAUUAUUUUCAUAAGAUGCUACAAAACUCAGAUCAAGGACAUGUGGUUGAGCUACUUAUUGAGGCCAUAGAUAUGUUUCUUCUAGGAACUGCCAUGCUUAUUUUUGGGACUGGAUUAUAUGUUUUCUUUGUUGGUUCCAAGGGUAUGAAGAGAGGGGGCACAGAACUGAUUCCUCAAUCCAACUUUUUUGGGCUCUAUCACCUUCAUAUGCUCCCAGCUUGGGUGGAGAUGCAGUCAAUAUCUCAGGAAAAAUCAAAACUAGGGCAUGCAGUGCUGAUGAUACUCCACGGGGGUGUAUUGGAGAAGUUCAAGAACAUACCAUUGGUUACUGGGCUGGAUCUUGCCUGUUUUGCUGGGGCUGUACUAGUUUCUUCAGCUUCUAUUUUCCUUCUCUCAAGACUCUCUAUGGUGGAACAGAAGGUGGGUGGUAGCUAGCCAAGUUGUUUUACUACAUGGUUUGCAUGGCUCAUGGGCC